UCACGUGACAGCUUUUCCCAGGGAGGCAGUAAACAGCUAGCUAAUAAGCUAAGCAGUCGCAGUAUCGGGAGUAUGGUCUGGCGCCGACUCCCAGAGUCGGCCGGCUGACAGUUCAUUUUCCUUGGAGCAGUUGGCGCCGUUUGGAUUAAAAGAAAUGAACCGACAGAUCCCUGUCUAAACGAGACUCGACGGGGUUGACGUUAGCGAGCCGACGUCGGUUUACGUUCAGCGCUCACGGCAGGGGUUUGGUUUGCCGGCUAACGUCCGCGCAUUAGCAUUAGCUGUAGCUAACUUCAUGCCAUGACUAUGCAAGGGGAAACCGCGGCUAUACGAAUUCCCGAGAGCGAGGGCAAGCUGGAGGUCUUCCCCCAGAGCAGGACCCCGAGCUCGGGGAGGACGAGCGCCAAAGGCUGGCAGUACAGUGAUCACAUGGAGAACAUUGACGGCUACUUAAUGAAAUACACCAAUCUGGUCACAGGAUGGCAAUAUAGAUUCUUUGUCCUAAACAACGAAGCGGGUCUGCUGGAGUACUUUGUCAACGAGCAGUCGCGUUUCCAGAAGCCUCGCGGGACGCUCCCCCUGGCAGGGGCCGUCAUCUCCCCCAGCGACGAGGACUCCCAUACCUUCACUGUCAAUGCCAUCAGCGGGGAGCAGUACAAGCUCAGGGCUACCGAUGCCAAAGAGAGGCAGCACUGGGUGAGCAGACUGCAGAUCUGCACACAGCACCACACAGAGGCGAUGGGCAAGAGCAAUCUCCUGCCUAAGUCCCGGAGCUACUCCAUGGUGUCUCAGGGCAGCGGCAGCUCACCCAUGUCUCAGCGCCGGCCGAGCCAGAACACACCGUCAUUUUUCGGCUUGUCACAACACCACAAGGGCUCCUCUGUCUACUCCAGCAAGAGAUCCCUGCUGCCAGACCAUCUGCUGAAUGCCAGAGAGAUGAUGAGCCAGGCCCAGGGCCAGCACAAAGACCUGAUCCAGAGCAUUGAGGGCCUGCCACCGGCCCCAGGCCUCUCCCCACUUGACCAGGACCUGCUGAUGCUCAAGGCUACCUCCAUGGCCACCAUGAACUGCCUCAACGACUGCCUGCACAUCCUGCAUCUGCAACAGGUGUCAAGGCAGAGAGUCUCCUUCGGAGGGCCCACCAUUGAGUGGCUGGAGCCUAAGCUGCCCGACAUCCUGAAGAACGGCAGCAGUUCCCUGGCCAGCUUCGCAACGGGCGAGAGUCCGCUGGAGGGCAGCCGCCUGGAGCUCAGCACCCCCGAGUCCUGCAGCUUCUCUGGGGAGCAGGAGGAGAUAGAUGCAGAUGACGAGCUGGAGGACUCCUUCACAGACAAGGAGGAGGACCUGGUUGCCGUGGAGGAAGAGAGGAGCGUAAUUCUACACCUGCUGUCCCAGCUGAAGCUGGGCAUGGACCUCACACGGGUGGUGCUGCCCACCUUCAUCCUGGAGAAGCGCUCCCUGCUGGAGAUGUAUGCGGACUUCAUGUCUCACCCGGACCUCUUUUUGGCCAUCACCGAUGGCAGCAGCCCCGAGGACCGCAUGGUACGCUUUGUCGAGUACUACCUCACCUCUUUCCACGAGGGGCGCAAGGGAGCCAUCGCCAAGAAGCCCUACAACCCCAUCAUCGGCGAGACCUUCCACUGCUCCUGGAGGGUGCCCAAGAGACCGGAGGCGGCCAGGGAGCCCUCGGCAGGCACGGCUGCGCCUCAGGACUGCUACCAAGUGCGCUUCGUGGCGGAGCAGGUUUCGCACCACCCACCCGUGUCUGGCUUCUAUGCUGAGUGCCAGGAGAAGCGGAUGUGUGUGAACACCCACGUGUGGACCAAAAGCAAAUUCAUGGGGAUGUCCAUUGGAGUCUCCAUGAUAGGGGAAGGCUGCCUGUACCUGCUGGAGCACGACGAGGAAUACACCUUCACGCUGCCCUGUGCCUACGCUCGCUCCAUCCUCACUGUGCCCUGGGUGGAGCUGGGAGGCAAGGUCAACGUUACCUGUGCUAAGACGGGCUACUCGGCCGUCAUCACGUUCCAGACUAAGCCCUUCUACGGUGGCAAGCUGCACAAGGUGACGGCGGAAGUCAGGCACAACCCCACCAACGCCGUGGUCUGUCGGGUGCAAGGUGAGUGGAACGGCACCCUGGAGUUCGCUUACACCAGUGGCGAGACGCGGGUGGUGGAUGUCACCAAACUGCCUGUCACCAAGAAGCAUGUGCGGCCCAACGAAAAGCAAGGACCGACUGAAUCCAGGCGCCUGUGGCAGCACGUGACGGAGUCGUUACGCCAAAAGGACAUCGACAAAGCCACCGAACACAAGAGGAUCCUGGAGGAGAGACAGAGGACGGACAAGAGGCUCCGCAUCGAGACAGAGACCCCGUGGAGGACCAGAUACUUUGACAGUGAGGGGGAGCGCUGGGUGUAUCACAAACCGCUGUGGAAAAACCCGGCCUUCAAAUCAUAAUGUUCCCUAUGUUCACUGGUAACGGAAGCUGAUGUCGUGGACGGCAGACCAACUCUCUCAUGUGUGGGCGCGGGCGGCGAACAAGAACAUCAGUGGAGGAAAGAUCUGCACUGACUUUAGAAGGGAUGCCACCAGAGAGUGAGGGAGAGAGAGUGAACGUGUUAAUGCGGCGUUCUCUCAUCUCCCUCACAGCGUACACUAAACCCUCGAGGUACAAGCUUUCGUUCUGCAGACCCCUUUUGCAAAAUCCAUCGUGGAGGAGGACUGACUCUUGUAUAGUUGGAGGUACUCUAUUUACACAGCCUUAAGAUUGUCUCAAGAAUUAACGCUCUUAUCAUUAUGGGUUGCACUCAUCAAUAUGGGCAUGUUCUCUCUCUCUCUCCCCCUUGGAUUUUUUUGUUUAAUCUGUGAUAUCAGUACUAUAGGGGUGUUGUUCUUAAGAAUGAGCAAGUUCGAUUCCAAAAUGAGAUGUUCUCCAUAAAUAAAAGAAGUCAAAGUGAGGCGUCUUGUGCAGUACUCUUAAAGUUCUCACAUUUGAAGGUCUUCACCCACGAACCUGUCCUGCCCUUUGAGGACGACAUAGCCUUUACUUGACCUAUUGGCGAAAGACAGUGAGUCAGGUGAAAGAAUGUUUUGCAUCAUGGAUAUUAUAAUAAAAUCCUCAAAUUACAGUACCACUGAAGCGUCGCGUUAAAUUUUAAGCGUCUUUUGGAGGGAGACUUAUAACUAGAAUAUAUUUAAAACCUCUAACGUUUUGAAGCUCCGAAAUAUCCAAUAUUUGUAUUAGGCAAAUCGGACACAUUUACUGUACUGUGUGGUGUCAUCCAUCCGUUAUCCAAGCCGCUUAGCCGAAGUCGGUCGCGGUGAUGCUGGAGCCUAUCCCAGCAGACAUUGGGCAGCAGGUGGGGAGACACCCUGGACAGGCCACCAGACCAUCACAGGGCCGACAUACACACACCUAGGGACAAUUUAGUAAGGCCGAUUCACCUGACCUACUCUUUGGACUUAUGUGAUACAUCGCUGAUAAAAGUACAAUAUUCCUAAUUCACAAAAUAUAAUUUAGCCAUAAUAAUUUUGUCCUCAUUGAUGAGUAUGCAGGGCGGCACAGUAGGAGGGCAGCACGGGGGCGCAUUGGUUAGUGUGGUCACCUCACAGCAAGAAGGUCCUGGGUUUGAGCCCCGGGGGUAGUCCAACCUUGGGGGGUUGUCCCGGGUCAUCCUCUGUGUGGAGUUUACAUGUUCUCCUCGAGACUGCGUGGGUUUCCUCCGGGUGCUCCGGUUUCCUCCUACAGUCCAAAGACAUGUAGGCCAGGUGAAUCGGCCAUACUAAAUUGUCUCUAGGUGUGUGUGUGUGUGUGUGGGGGGGGCUGUGA